CGUGUCGCCGUCAGGUGACUUGGGGAAAAUGGCCGCGUUGACAGCGGAGAAUUUCGCCGCGCUCCAGAGCCUGCUGAAGGCCUCCUCAAAAGAUGUUGUCAGACAGCUGUGCCAAGAGAGCUUUUCUAGUUCAGCCCUUGGCUCAAAGAAGCUCUUGGAUAUUACAUGUUCCAGCUUGUCUGUGACCCAGGAGGAAGCAGAGCAACUGCUCCAGGCUCUGCAUCGCCUCACCAGGCUGGUGGUGUUCCGUGACCUGUCCUCUGCCGAGGCGAUCCUGGCUCUCUUUCCUGAAAAUUUCCACCAAAACCUCAAAAACCUGCUGACGAAAAUCAUCCUAGAACACGUCUCUGCUUGGCGAACGGAAGCCCAGGCAAAUCAGAUCUCUCUGCCGCGCCUGGUCGACCUGGACUGGAGAGUGGACAUCAAGACCUCCUCUGACAGCAUCAGCCGCAUGGCUGUCCCCACCUGCCUGCUGCAGAUGAAGAUCCAAGAAGAUCCUAGUCUGUGUGGAGACAAGCCCUCCAUCUCGGCAGUCACUGUGGAGCUGAGUAAGGAAACGCUGGACACUAUGCUAGACGGCCUGGGCCGCAUCCGUGACCAGCUCUCCGCUGUGGCCAACAAAUGACCCCAGGCAGCUGUCGGCCGCACGGCCAGGCCCCAGCUGCUGGCCGGUGGCGUGCGCCUCCCAGCCCCCGGGCCGCCCCCUGGAGCAGCAGCUGCCAUCCGGAAGGCCAGGCCGUGGGGACGGGGCGGGGGCUGCCAUCCGGAAGGCACGGCUGGACCGGGAGGAAGCGGCCAUGUCCCCGCACUGUUCUCCCCCCCAUCCUCGUCCCUCUUUCUGAAGCCGGUGAGCACAAGCCUCCGUGUCUGGAAGAUUCCCUCGCCACUGUGGCGGUGUGAGGGGGCAUCUGCUUCGCCGGCUGCCUCUGCGUGGCUGGCUAGAAAACUCAGGCCCACAUUGUGGAGCUCAUCUAAGAAGUUCCUUUCCAGCAUUAGGUCUGAGUGGUUCUUCUCCAGCCCUGGAACUCAGAGGGGUUCAUGCGCGUGAGGCCAGCAGUUCACACUCCUCCGUCCGAGAAGCCGGCCAAAGCCUGUAGAGCGGGGCCGCUGCAGUGGGGCCCACCCCCGGCCCAAGCCCACAGCUUCCCGAGCCCCCCUCAACCGCGCGGCCUGUCCUUCCAGCGUCGGGAGUCGGGAAUGGGCGCUCACUUCCUCCCUCGUGGAACCAGAGGCCCUUCCUUGAUAUAACACGAGGGUAAAGAAGUGGCAGUGAGUGGAAAUAAAAAGUUCUAAAAACUUC